AUGAGCCCAGUGGACAUAUCUACAAAACAAGUUAAAGCUAAGGUACUUUAUAGUGAACUUGAUGUACCAUUUAAUAAAUAUUUAGACGUGCUAAGUAAGGUUACACGUUUGACCCACAAGAUUCUUAAUGGUACUCUAGAUAAGAAUAAUGAGGAAGAUAUAAAUUUAUUUAAUGUUCAAACUAUUGAUGAAAUGCUUGAUACAUCACAACUAAGAUACUUGGCAUUGCAAAAUUCUAUUGAAAGUAAGAAAGUUGCAUAUGAGAAUUGGGUACAUCAUAAUCAAGUGUUGUUGAAUACAUUAGAUGAUAGAUCUCAUGACAUUUUAACAGAUUUGAAGAAAUGUAGAGAUCAACUGAACCACAGACUAGAUAGAAUUACCAAGAUGUAUAAAAACAUUGACAUGAUCAACAAAGAAAUUGAGUCAUUAAACGAUGGUAGAACCAGUAUUAGUAUUAGUAGAGAGCAAUGGGAGUCACAAUUAGGUCAACCGUUAACUGACCUUUUGAUUAAAAACAAUUAUUUAAGAAAGGAUGCUAUGCAGAAAACUAUUGUUGAGGAUGUAAAUAAAAUUAAGUAUCGUACUAUUGAUGAUUUUAGUGUAGGACCACAGGAAGCUGAGCAAGUCAACAGAACAAUGAAAGAUGAUAUAAUAAAAUUAAACAAAGAGUUGAAUCAAUAUAAAGAUCAGUGGUUAAAAGAUGCAGAAAUAUUUACAAAAAUAACUGAUUUAUUCCAGGAAGAACUUAAGAAAAGGCAACUUACUAUUAAUCAAAAUAACGAAGAUAGUGAUGUUGAUAUGGACGUAGAUGUUGAAGACGAAGAUGAAGAUGAUGUUAUGGAUAUAAAUGAUGGAGAAGUACCAGAUGUGGAAGCAGGCGAGUUUGAGGUUUAUUCAGAUGGAUAUUCAGAUGAUGUUGGCUUAGAAGAACAAAUUAGGCAAGGUGAUGAAUUGGAGGAGUCAAAUGAGUAUAGCGGAUCAGAAUCAGAACAUGAUGAGGUACAAGAAAGAAAUAAAGAAGAGAUUGAUGAGCUUGAGGGCACAUCUGAAAUACAGGUACCUCAAGAAAAUAUUGACAAAGAAUUGGACUCCAAUAUGGAUAUAUAA